AUGGCGAGCGAAAAGCAGCUGCCAUGGGGCUAUCGAUGGCGCUCAUCCCGAAGCUUCAUCAUCUGUACUAUUAUUAUCGCCUUGUUUGCUGAAACCUUCCUAUAUGGCUUCGUGGUUCCCAUCUUAAGUUAUAUGCUCGAAGCUCGUCUUCGCAUGGACGCAUCCAGCACCCAGCGGAUGACCACUGCUGUCCUCACCGUCCAUGGCUUUGUAUCUCUGGUCUCUGCGCCCAUCAUUGCCCAUUUUGCGGAUAAGACGCCGAACCGCAAGAUCCCGCUCCUGCUCGCUCUUGCAGGAUGCUUUGCAGGUACUGUUUUAGUGGCCUCCACUUUUUCCAUUGAGGCGCUUUUCAUCGGUCGGAUCUUGCAAGCGGUGUCUGGCAGCGCGACUUGGAUUGUAGGGUUUGCGACCUUGACUGACAAUGUCGGCCUGGACCAUAUGGGCACGGCGCUGGGAACGGCCAUGACCUUCGUGACAGCCGGCCAGCUCAGCGGUCCUAUCGUCGCCGGUACGCUACUGGAGUUGGUGGGAUACUGGCCGACUUGGAGCGCUCCUCUGCUGGUGCUCUGCCUGGAUAUUAUCGCACGUCUACUGAUGAUCGAAGGGCGAGAACUACCGCUUGACCGACCCAAUUCCCCAAAGCUAACGGCUCCUCGCGAGCCAGAGGAGAGCGAGAGGGCGCCCCUGCUUCCACCAUCAUCUGAUACCAAUGAGUCCCGAGAUUACAACACAGUUGCCCCAGAGACUAAACAAGUCGGAUCAUCUGGCUCCUUUUAUCGCAUCAUACUACGUGAUAUCCGCGUUGUAGCUAGUGUAGCAAACACACUUAUAUUUGCAACCCUCAUCGCCGCUUUCGAUGCCACUCUUCCCCUUCACUUGCGCGAUGUCUUUCACUGGAAUACCCUCUCCGUGGGUAUGAUUUUCCUAUCCCUCCAGGUUCCCUCUAUGUGCCUUGGCCCUCUGGUUGGGUGGCUUCGAGAUCGAGCUGGUGCCCGCUGGCCGGCGACGAUCGGCUGGGCGCUCACGGCCCCAUUGCUGUGGCUCUUGGGUGUUCCUGGCGAGAAGAAAUUCUCCUGGGCUAGCCCUGAGACGAAUGGUGAAGCCAUUUUUAUCACUAGUCUGAUUAGUAUCGGUCUUGCUUUCACCUUGAUUCGCGGCGCGGGCACGAUGCAGUUGGUUGCUGCUACCAAGGACAUGGAAGCAAAGAAUCCCAAGAUAUUCGGAGAAUUCGGUGGUAGUUCCCGGGUCUCAUCCAUAACCGAAGUGGCGUUCAGUCUGGGUUCGAUGCUAGGUCCCCUGAUUUCAGGUACUUUAUCCGAAACGGUCGGUUAUUUCUAUAUGAAUAUGGUUAUGGGUGCCAUCUGUCUUCCCGUGGCGUUAUCGUGUUUCCUGUUCUUUCGAGUUUGA